AUGUCUGUCGUCGACGGGGUUGUGGUACUGGUACCUCCACCGCCAGGCUACAAUGUCGACUUUGAUAAUCCUCAGCGACAGGCGGAUGUUGCAACAUACUGGCUGGCUGGCUUCGGCCUCGUAUUUGCAAUGCUCUUUACCGCGCAACGGGUAUACGUGAAAUUGGUUGUCGUCAAAAGAUUUCAGCUUGAUGAUUGGCUACUCUUUCUGGCCUGGGUCACUUCAAUAGCAACUCAAUUUCUAGUCCUGUACAUGUUCGCAUCAGCCAUAGGCGGCGUACAUUCAUGGGAGAUCUCGCUUGUGAAGUUCAACCGGUACCUACUAGUCGUAUACAUCGCAUCCUGGAUCUAUGUUCUAAGCGGAAGUUUCGCAAAGAUAGCUCUACUUGUUUUCUACUUGAGACUGUCACCGCAGCGGUGGUUCCGCUACUCGAUAUUUGCAACGCUUGGUCUCGUCAUCGGGUACACCACAGGAAUUUUCUUCAGUCUGAUCUUCGCGUGCGAUCCUAUCGAAAGGAGUUUCGACGUCACCAUCACUGCCGGCUCAUGCAUCAACUCAGCAGCGCUCUACAUUGCAACUGCGGCUGCGAAUAUCAUCUCGGAUGUAAUCCUCUUCAUUCUGCCUAUCCCAAUGCUUGUUGCCCUACAGGUUCCACUCAAGCAGAAAAUAGGCCUUAUGUGUAUCUUUGGCGUUGGCUCCAUCACCAUCGUGACUUCAAUUCUGAGAGCAGCGGUCCUCCCCUCACUACUCACAUCUACCGAUCCGACAUGGGACGUAUCCUAUGCCAGCUUGCUGAUUGUGGUCGAAGCGAAUCUAAUCAUCGUGUGCGGAAUGCUCCCCACCCUCCGAAAGUUCAUUCUGUCAGUCGCGCCGAGGCUCAUCGACGGAAGCACUUAUGGCCGCAGCAAAGGCAGCAAGACACCCAAGACACUCGGCCGGUCAGGGCUUGUCACGUACGGAUCGACUCCCUCCAAGGGUCUAUCCCGUCAUCGCGACGGGUAUGCCAAGUUUGGCUAUGGUAGUGACGACUAUGCGAUGGAACCUAUUCCUCUGGCUGGAACGCGAGGCACGCCGAGCGACGGGAUGAAGAAGAGCGAGGUUACGGCAACGGUCAUGGCAGGGAACCGUGUCAGCGACUGGGACGAUGAUGGAAGGCCGCUGAACACGCCUCGCAGUGCUGAGAGCCAGUUACCAAUCAUGGGUGGGAGGAAUCAGGGGAUUCGAACUACGACGAAGAUCGAAGUGUUCUACGAGGGUGAGGCGCCUGGUAGGGCUGUUUGA